GAAGAGUUGCACGCACAACUCCCGACUGCCCAAGCCCUAAAACCAGUGAUCACCGGAGCCGACCGGCGCCUAGCUAGGAGGGAUCGACGCUGACGAACGCGCCAUCUGCCGGUCAAUGUCGGUUCCGUGGGAGCAGCGGAGCUUCUCCGAAUCCAAGUCGCCGUACGGUCAGCUCGUCACCCUCGUCGUCAAGGACGAGGCGGGCCGCAGGCUCACGCGCACCAUGAGGAAAACCGACAACCUGCAGGUUCUCGUCGACUUCUACUACAACACCAUGGCGCCCGUCGUCGAGCGCGGCUCGGGGGUUUUCGAGUACCGCGGCACGCAGAUUGUGUUUCCCCGGCAGCAGGUGCCGGUGGAGUUUGACAUGAAGGACGGCGACGUCGUCGACUUCGUCCCGGUGGUCAAGCCGCACACGCUCGUCACCCCCGUGCUCAAGGAGCGCUACGAGGAAUCGCGCAGCUUCGCCUGCACCGUGCGGAGGACCGACCAGCUCAAGGGCUUGAUGUCUUUCUACCUCAGGACGGCGCUAAAGGCUGGAGCUGUUUUUGAGUUGGACGGCGGACGUCUUGUAGGCGAUGAGACGCCGGCGGACUUGCAGCUUGAGGAUGGGGCAAUCAUCCACGUUUCUCCAGCUUGAUAUGUUUUAUAUCGUUCAAUCCACCCCCACCCCGCGAGCACGUGGGCCUAUUGGUUUCCAUACAAGUAUGUUUCUUGUUGCAUGCAUUUUCUUGGUUAUAAUUUCGUUUGGGAGCUUACUUUAUUAUUAGUUAACAUGUUAUUUUUGUGAGGAGUAAACAUGUGAUGUGAAUUACUUGGACGUGGUACGUAGUUUAACCAUGUCAAGACUUAAUUUGCUUGG